AUGGCACUAGCAAACUAUUUUCUUUUCCUUGCAUUUUUUUGCCAAAUUAGUAUUCUUUCCCUUGGUGCAAAAGAGAGCUCCGGGUCCGACGAUGUUUACCAAAUUGGCAUAGGCGGCCCUGAUUCUGAACUUAAAAACCCAAACUUUCUCAACAAUGUAGAUUCCCUCCUCUCCAACCUUAUAUCCGAGUCUUCACUCGGCUUCUUUAAUACCUCUACGGGUGAUGAUGAUUCCGAUAGGGCUUAUGGUUUUUACCUUUGUCGAGGAGAUAUUAGUGCUAACAAAUGCAACAAUUGCUUAAAGGACGUAAGACAAUAUCUCUUAAAUCGACGCCCAUUUGAAUCAUACUCCAACAUCAUUGCAUAUAACACGGAUCUCCAAUGUGUUGUACACUAUGCAAACGACUCUAGACCAUUCGUGUAUAGAGAAAAUAAUACUUUCACCGGUGCUGGAUUUGGAGACGACUUGGCACAAAACCAGCAGUACAACACGACGUUGAUGAGUACGUUGCAAGAACUCGCUAGAGAAGCCAGCUACGGGAAUUGGACAAAGGCUAAUUUCGCGACAAAGGUGGUAGAUGUAACGGGAUCUCAGGAGAAAAUUUAUGUACUAGUUCAAUGUACACCUGAUAUAUCUGCUAUGAACUGCAGCAAUUGCAUUAGUAAUUUAUAUUCUACAUUUCGGCCAGUUGCUAUUGGUGGACGAGUUUUGGGUUUUAAUUGUUUGAUGAAAUUCAAUAACGAGCCUUUCUUUAGCAAUGGCUACCGCAAUUUCAUGGCAAGCUAUUUCCUUAUGAUCUUAGUUUUAUUAUCGACUACAUACAUUACUUUAAUGUAA